ACGCAUUUUAGAAUCUUCCAGCUUUGAGAUCGACAAUCUAAAGAUAUGUUCAGAAUAUUAUGUUAAAAUACAAUUUUUGUUUCCGACUUCAGAAGUCACCACACAAAAGUUUUGGAUGACAAACACUACUUAUACUGCCAAAACCAACCAAAAUGUUUCCUUAUCAUGGACGACCAGCCUGACCGAUUUUUUCAGUGUUCAGAAACACUCUCCGAAUUCAGAUGUAUACACCAUUUAUGACGUCACGGGCGGAAGUAUCGUUAGAAAUAGCAUGACGAAGAAAUACAUAAUUAACACAAUGACAAGGGAUGUUCAGGUCAUAAACAUUACGAUCAUCGAAGUCAACACGUCUGAUGCUGGGUUAUAUACAACACGGAUAGAUAGACAUGUGAAUGGAUGCUGUUUGUUAGUUGUAAAUACACAACCAAUGAAACCAACGUUGACAUUUCAUCCUAUGCGUCCUUUCGUUGAUGGUAAGAUUACCUUUAGCUGUAAUUCCUCGAUGCAACGGUGGCCUAGAUAUAUAUAUAUAUUCAAAUCUGUCUUAUGAAUAUUUUGGAAACCCUAGAGGAGAUAUUGUCUACAACACUUUAACAUUACAAACACUUACGAAGUCGGAUAAAGGAAAACAAAUAUCGUGUAGGGCUUCUAGUGAUCUAGGACAAGUUUCUAGCAUGAGUGAUAUGGUUACUCUGGAUCCUUUCUUUGGUCCUGACAAUGUAGUCCUGAAACCAGCAUAUACAGCUAUUAAUGUAACGGAAGGAACUACUUUAGGCCCUUUACUUUGUACUGCAUUAUGCUACCCGGAAUGUUUAUUCAGAUGGGAGAUAAAUAUAAAUAGAACAGAUAGAAAUGAAGUCUUCAUUUCAAACAAGUUUCUAGCAGUGGCAGACAUAAAACAGAAUCAGUCCGGGAUCUACCGUUGUGAUGUUGUUCAUCCCUAUGAUAAAAGACGUAUGCGUGGAAGAGAUAUAGCGGUUAAUGUACAGUAUUCUCCAAAAAUUAGAGCAUUUUGGUUAAGUGAUAAAAGUGAGAUUUAUGUGAGUAACCCUACAACCUAUAGUUUAAAUGAAGACGUUUUACCAAAGUUGACACUGCGUAUUGAAAGUAACCCAGAUCCACAAUUAGUAUUAAGCUCAUCUACGGUGAGUUUUCCACCAUUGAAAUAUACCAAAAGUGAUGCUAAUUUUUCUUCAAAACUACCUUAUUUAACAUGUGAAGAUUCUGGAAAUUUUACUAUACAAGCGGUGAAUGGAAUUAAAUAUGGAGAUAACAGGACAAUCACCUUUGUAAUAAGAUGUAAACCACGGAAUGUUACAGUAGAAUCAACCAAAAUUAAAACAGAAGUUAACACCAGUGAGAUUAUAAGGAUGCAUGUUGUAUCAUUCCCGGCACCAACUGUAAAAUGGCGUCGUGAAACUGGAUUCCAGUGGACGGUUAUGAAAGAUAAAUAUGAUUACAGAUAUAGAAUUCAGUCCAAAAUACACAUUAAGUCAAAAGUUGACUUUGGCGAAUAUGGAAUAAAUAUAUGCAACAGAUUAGGAUGUAAUGUGCAAAAUAUAAUUUUGACACCAAAAGGACAAUUCAUAUCACCGUCUAAUGUCUACGUGGUAUGCAAAAGCACAACGGCAACUGUUAUUUGGAUACCCGAUUUAAUCGGAGGGUUCUACGAGGAUUUCUAUGUAAAAUAUACAGAUAUGAAAAUUAAUAAUGGGUCAUCUAACAAAAUUCUCUACAAUAAUACAUAUCAACAUAUGGUAUAUGUAGUUGAUGGGUUACAUCCAGAUAGAAGAUAUCACUUCACUGUGCUAUCUGUUAGCAUACUAGGACAACUGAGAUCUGAGACUAUGGAAUGUUUAACAGAUGAUGCAUACCAAGUAGAAAAUUGGCGAACAGCUGGAAUAGCAACUUUAGUGGUUGGCUUGGCAGCUUUAGUUGCAGCAUCAGUUUUCUUGAUUCGAAAUCGGUUGAAAUCCAAGAACGUCAUACCAAAGGAAUCUGAUGGAUACAUAGAGGUGCAAAGAAGCAAUCCGGUAUUUACAGAACCAUAUUCUACGUUGCAGUCUCAGCCGGAAUCACGACCUCUUCAAGAGCCAAGUACUGAUACAUAUGACGAGUGUGGAAUAGCACCUGAUGUGGAUACUUACCAGAGCAUUGAAGACGGGUCAUGAAAAGAGAAGUCAGUGGAUGUAUGCUUACAUAAAGAUUUGGUUCGGUUGCUGGUUUUCUAUCAUUUUUAAUUUUAUUUCUCUCUCU